AUGAAGCUCACCGCCGCCCCGCUCGCCUCCUUCCUCCGUCCGACCGUCGCCCUGCUCGUCGUCCUGCCGCUGCUUCUGAUUGGCUGGGCCGGCGCCGCAGCGCUCCCCGUGGACCGGCCGCUCAGCGCCCCGCUGAGAAACCAGGAGACGUACCAGGCGGUGCGGGACGUAUCCCAACACGCUCAGAAUAUUCAGACGGAGGACGACUCCAGCACCAGACUGCUGCCCAGAGUCAACACCGACCAGGACCACCUGAAGAUCUGCUGCCUCCACGCCAACAUCCUGGACUUCUACCUGAACAACAUCCUGCGUCAGCGAGACCACAUGCAUCCCAACAUGCACCGGCUGAAGACCGACCUCACCCGCGUCAGCGAGGACCUGCAGACUCAAGGAUGUAAUGUGACUCACUAUCACGACCAUCAUCACGCUGUGGAGUUUCGCAGGAAGCUCGCCAAGAUGGGCGGAGAGCGAGGAAUGACCAAAGCGGUCGGAGAGAUCGACAUCCUCUUCACUUACCUUCAGGACUUCUGCAUCCAGCCAAGAAACGACACCGCCGCCGCCGAGAUCUAA